CGUCGGGCAACGAGUACGCUCAGUGUACGCCGUACGUUCAGUUAACAAGCUCGUAUACGAUACGAUACGAACGAUGGACUAUCUUCAACUCGGUCUCACCUUAUUGGCAAUCCUCGUGGCGGUCUACUACCUGUCCACGAGGAAUCACAAGCUGUUGAAGAGGCACGGGAUCGUGCACAUCCCCCCUACCCCCCUGUUCGGCAAUCUGGGCCCGUUGGUGCGUCGCAAGUGUCACAUGGAGGACGUGAUCCAGAGGGUGUACGACCUAGAUCCGGACGCAAGGUACGUGGGGAUGUACGAGUUCACCACUCCGUUGAUAAUAAUCCGCGACCCGGAGUUGAUAAAGACGAUCGGGGUGAAGGAGAUCACGAAUUUCACGAAUCAUCGCCCCUUCGUCGACGUGGGUGUGGAUCCCAUGCUGGGCGAGGUGUUGUUCGCGAUGCAGGGCGACCGGUGGAGGGAGCACAGGACAAUGUUGACCACCCUGUUCACGUCGAGCAAGAUCAAGUCCAUGUUCGUACUGAUGUCGGACUGCGCGAAAAGAUUCGCCGAUUAUCUGUCGAAGGUUGAGCGGGAGAUAGAGUUGAAGAGCGUGUUGACGAGGUACACGAACGACGUGAUAGCGAGAUGCGUGUACGGCGUCUCCGUCGACUCGGUGAACGAGCCCGAGAACAUAUUCUACAGAUACGGCCAGGUGGCGUCCCAGCUGUCGACGUUCAAGCAGAAUUUGAUGAUAUUCGUGCACAGGAACUCGCCCCGUCUGGCCAGAUUGUUCAAUUUGAAGAUCCUGCCCGUUCACAUCGAGAAGUUUUUCCACCGGUUGGUCAUGGACACGAUCGAGACGAGGAGGAGGGAGGGGGUGCACGGGUUGGACAUGUUGCAACAAUUGAUGGACAUGCAAUCGAGGAGGAAAGAGUCGGAGGAGGGGAAGAGAGGUAUGACCGUGACUGACAUAGCCAAUCACGCGUUCAGCUUCUUCUUCGGGAGCGUGGACACGAUGGCCACUCAGAUAAGCCUGAUAUCGCACAUGUUGGCCGUGAAUCCUGACGUUCAACAGAGGCUUCAGGAGGAGAUCGACGAGGUGUUGUCGGCGAGCGAGGACAAGCAGGUCGGAUACGACGUGAUACAAGAGAUGAAGUAUCUGGACGCGGUGAUGAGCGAGGCGAUGAGGUAUCAUCCGAUUCUGUUGUUCGUGGACAGGGUGUGCGGCGAGACGUUCGAAUUGCCGCCCGCCCUCCCCGGCGCCCGACCUUUCAAACUCGAGAGGGGGAUGAACAUUUGGUUCCCCGUCAAAGCGAUCCACCACGAUCCGAAAUACUUCGAGAAUCCGGACAGAUUCGACCCGGACAGGUUUCUGAGGGAUGGGAAGGGCAUCGCGAGCUCUGGGGCGUACAUGCCGUUCGGGAUGGGGCCCAGGAAGUGCAUAGGCAGCAGGUUCGCGUUGACCGAGAUGAAGAUACUGCUGUUCAACAUCCUGGCCAAGUGCAGCUUCAAGGUCGGCAGCAAGACCAUGGUCCCGUUGAAAUUCAAGGAGGGCGUGUUCAACCCGGUCGCUAAGAAUGGAUUCUGGCUGAAGAUCGAACGCAGGGAGAAUUCUUGUUGCUGAUCCAAUUGAAGGAGCUGGGAAAGUGGGUCGACUUUGUAGGCUCGUUUUCUUAACUUCGUUUGAUGAAUUAUUUCGAAUAAAGGCUGUCGCAAUAGAGGUUGAGGGAGGUAAAAAAAAAAAAAAAAAAAAAGAAAAGAAUUUUUAAAAUCACUC